AUGGCCCCUCAAUCGAGAGAUGACCCGUCCUUUGAGGAUCGGACUGUGGAUGCAUUCGAUGUGGAAAAGCGGCAGACCGUUGUCACAGUCAGUGAUGAGGAUCUAUCCGAAGUGAUGGAAACGCUUCGUGAAACCAUCAGAGAGCAUGAGUUGGAUCCCAAUUUCCCGCCUGAGAUUCUCAACUCUGCCCGCGCCACUCUGCGAGAAUCCCCUGAUAAACUUCAAACAAGUCAUCUUCAGGCCCUGGUCGCUCAAAUUCAAGCCGAGCGCGAUCUAUUGCUCAACGACUCCCCAUACGCCGAGGUCCGUGCCGUUGUCGAUAAUACCGAUGACCCCUCUACGCCAGUCAACACUUUUCGUGCUUGGUUCCUGGGGAUCUUGUUCACCAUUCUGGGUACUGGAAUCGAUCAGUUCUUCUCUCUGCGCUAUCCGGGGAUUUAUCUCUAUACUGUUGUUGCCCAGUUGCUUGCAUACCCCUGUGGUGUGUUUCUCGCUCGAGUCCUGCCCACUACCACUUUCACUAUCAUGGGGAAGAGUUGCAGUUUCAACCCGGGUCCUUUCAACCAGAAGGAGCAUAUGCUCAUUACAAUCAUGUCAAAUGUUGCAUACGGUGGGCUCAAUGGAACUGCAUACGUGACUUCCAUCUUCCAGGUAUUGAAGCUCGAUAUCUUCUAUGGAAUGAAGGAACUCGCCGACAGUGCUGGUUUCCAGAUUUUACUCACACUCUCCACCCAAUUGAUUGGCUACGGCUGUGCAGGCAUUGCUCGACGCUUCUUGGUAUAUCCUCCUGCCAUGAUGUGGCCCAAGAAUCUCGCUCAGAUUGCUUUGAACCGAGCCUUACACAAUGAUGGCAAUUCGGGUUCCGUGAACGGGUGGUCAAUCUCUCGCUAUCGGUUCUUCCUCUAUUGCUUUGGUGGAAUGUUUUUUUACUUCUGGUUCCCGGACUAUAUCUUCCAGGCCAUGUCAUACUUCAAUUGGAUGACUUGGAUUGCUCCACAGAACGUCAAACUUGCUAUUAUAACCGGAUCCAUUGGGGGCAUGGGCUUUAACCCUUUGCCUACCUUUGAUUGGAAUAUUGUGUCGUAUAUCUUCGAUCCCAUUGUCACUCCGUUUUUCUCUUUAUUGAACAACGUUCUCGGUAUGGCUGCGAUUGGCCUCUUGGUCAUUCUGCCCGUUUACUUCUCCAAUGCGUGGAAUACUGCCUAUCUGCCAAUCAACAGCAACGAUAUCUUCGACAACACUGGAAGUUCCUACAACGUCAGUCGAAUCCUUACACCGGAGUUCACCCUCGACGUCGAAGCCUACGAGGCCUACAGCCCAGCAUAUCUUGGAGCUGCCAAUGCCGUUCUCUACUCGGCCUUCUUUGCCAUCUACCUUGCGACGAUUGUAUAUGCCGCACUCUACCACAAAAAUGAGAUCAUCAGCGGCUUCCGUGCAAUCCUCAAAUGGAAAAAUGCCCGAGAAGAAUACAAUGAUGUCCACAACCGUCUCAUGCGCCAGUACAAAGAAGCCCCAGAGUGGUGGUACUUAGCUAUCCUUGCUGUUGCCUUCAUCAUGGGUUGCGUAUGCUGCGCGGUUUACGAUACCGGGAUGCCAAUCUGGGGAAUUGUCGUUGGCUUACUGCUUUGCGUCCUCUUACAGGUUCCCAUUGGAAUCAUCAUGGCUGUCACUAACAUUGAGGUCACCAACAAUGUUAUUGCCGAGUUUAUCGGCGGUUAUGCCGUGCCAAAUAACCCAGUAGCCAACAUGAUCUUCAAGUCAUAUGGCUACAUUGCUUCGGCUCAAUCGGUGCAAUUCGUGGCUGAUCUCAAAUUGGGGCACUACAUGAAAGUCCCUCCCCGUACCAUGUUCUUUGCACAGACAAUUGCCACCAUCGUUGCUGGAUUUGUAUCCAUCGGAGUCAAUGCCUGGCAACUUUCCAACAUUUCAGAUGUCUGCACUGCCCACCAAUCUGCCAGCUUCACUUGCCCUGACACACACACCUUCUUCACCGCAUCCGUCAUCUGGGGCGUCAUCGGCCCAGCCCGCAUCUACGGCGACAAUGGGAUCUACCACCCCCUAGAAUGGGGCUUCUUGGUCGGAGCCUUACUCCCCAUCCCAUUCUAUUUCCUCGCGAAACGCUAUCCAAACUCCUGGGUCCGUUAUGUCCAUAUCCCAAUCGUGCUGAAUGGCGCGCUCAAUUGGGCUCCGUAUAAUUUCACAUAUGCUUGGCCAGCUAUGGUGGUCGGAUUCGGUGUCAAUUACUAUGUGAGACGCCAUUAUGAGAUGUGGUGGCAGAAGUAUGCGUAUGUUCUGACGUCCUCUUUCUCUUGUGGUAUUGGGAUUGCGGGAUUGGUCAUUUUCUUUGCGGUUCAGUUCAAGGCUGUUGAUAUUAAUUGGUGGGGGAAUACGGUGUCUUAUAAUGGGUGUGAUAAUGAUGGGUGUGCUUUGUUGCCCAUUCCUGAGAUUGGGCAUUUCUAG